GGUGACCCAUUUCAUUUACUUCCGUACCGCCAAGAAGUCCUCGGGUUUGAAUGGAGAAAAAUUGGUUGAGGAGCCGUUACUCCAUCCUCACCACUUUUAUUUUCCUUCUCAGACGACCGAGGAAGAUUGAUCAUGCGUGAGAUCAUCUCGAUCCACCUGGGUCAGGCGGGAGUUCAGGUAGGCGACGCCUGCUGGGAACUCUUCUGCUUGGAGCACGGCCUCCAGCCCGACGGUCUCCAGCCCUACAACAAUUGCGGCCCCUGCCCCGUGGCAGACGACUCGUUCCAGACGUUCUUCAUGGAGACAGGCGCCGGAAAGUUUGUGCCCCGCACCACCUUCAUUGAUCUGGAGCCCACCUGUGUGGGUGGUGAGCGCCAUGACAGCCUCCCUGCGUUUCGACGGCUCCCUCAACGUUGACCUAAAGGAGUGGCAGACGAACCUGGUGCCCUUCCCACGUGUCCACUUCCCCCUCGUCUCUUACAGUCCGGUCAUCUCGGCCGACAGAGCCUACCACCAGAACUUGGACGUCUCAGAGCUGACCUACGCCUGCUUCGAGCCUGCCAAUCAGAUGGUGUCGUGUGACCCGCGUUGCGGCAAAUACAUGGCCAACACGAUCCUCUACCGCGGUGACGUGGUGCCGGGUGACGUCAACGCUGCCAUAGCAACCAUCAAGUCCAAGCGAACGAUUCAGUUUGUGGACUGGUGUCCUACAGGUUUUAAGGUGGGCAUCAACUACCAGCCGCCCACAACGGUACCUGGUGGAGACCUGGCCGCAGUAGUCCGUUCAGCCGUCAUGCUCAGCAACUCCACCGCCAUCGCUGAGGCCUGGGCUCGGAUUGACCACAAGUUUGACCUCAUGUACGCCAAGCGCGCCUUUGUUCAUUGGUACGUGGGGGAGGGCAUGGAGGAGUCGCAGUUCGUGGACUCCCGCCUUGACCUCGCCGCACUAGAGAGAGACUAUUAUGAAGUAGGGCUGCCCACUCAGUCCAUGUAGGUUAAUCAAGUCUCAUGAAACAGUUUGGCCGUCUACAAAAGAAAGAUUACUACAAAGCCAAUGUUGGUAGAUUCACACAAUGGCCGACUAGGAGAGAGAAGUGACUACGAAGCCUAUGCAUGUCAGUCAAGUUCCUCGUACAUUAAGGCCGUCCUUGAAAGGGAGAUUACAGCAAAUAGCUUGACUAUGUUCCUAGUAAAAUAUGACCGUCUUUGAAAAGGAGAUUACUGCUUACAGUUUCACCAUGUUCCUCGUACAAUAAUAUAUGGAUGUCCUUGAGAGAGAUUGCUACAACUACAACGCUAAAGCAGGUUACCUAAGUUUUUGAUGUAAUAAGCAGUCCCUAUAAGAGAGAUACCACAAGGUGACUUUGCUCAGUUCAACCAUCUAGUUUUUUGCAACUUCUCUAUUCAUUCAGUAUUAACAGGCUACGCUAGUAGGCCUAUUACAAGUACAAUUAUUAUAUUGUCAGAAUCAGUUCAUCAGGAUAUUGUCAUUGUAGCAAGGAAAGAUGAGUAACAACAAUUUUUUAAACUCAUUUCCAAAAGCAAGGUCAUUGUAGAGCUAUGUUUGAGUAAAGAGUAGCAAAACACAAGUGUCGUAAAUGUAGAGCAAAAGUAAACAAGACAGACAGAAUCAACAAGGAGAGUAGGAAAAGAAGUAGAAUCGACCAGUGAAGCAUUUCAGACACCAGUAAGAAGGGUCAUUUAGUCAUUUAGCAUUUCUGAUUUUUCUUGUGAUAAAGACGAUAUGUAAACCACAUUAUACUAAAUUAUAGUCUUACGUUGUAGGACCCAGCCGUCUCACAGACUCUACCUCCUGACUUUUUUACAACUGCCUCAAAUAUUUCCAAUUUACACAGCUGUCCUGUUUUGCUAUUUACACAAUACAGGCAGAUCUACCCAAAUUCCUCUUUCAUUUCUACAGAAAAUCUUCCAUUCACUAAAUUCAAAUAAAAUUUGGAUUCACCAAAAUUGAACAUCUGGCUCCACAAAUUCAUUGGAUGCUAUGUUCACUGCGUCACAUGCAAUGUGCCAGAUUUCUUGCAAUGAACAAGAACGAAACAAACUAUAAAAUAAAAGCUCAUAAA